CGGAAUAUGAGGCCCGUUACUGCUCGCCGCUAGUGUUAGCUGACGAAGCCGGAGCAAUGAACAGAAACAGAAAGGGACUCGCAAUUCUCAUGAGAACUCGAAUGAAGAAAUCAGAAAUAGCGCUUCCUCAUCCAAAAGUUGAUGUUGACGAUCCUAAUGGAGACAGCAGCGGCAAAGUUCUGCUCCAGGAUGUGAAGGAAUGGAUGCGAGCGUCAAUCUCGGUUCCUGGCAGCAAAUCGGAGCCUGCUGAUGUCAAUCUCGAAGAUUUCUCGCAGGGUUACAUUAAACUCCCUCAAGAUGGGCGAAGGCAGCUGCUGCUUUCGCUGUCUAGAGAGUACGAUGUGAGCAGGGCUAGGGUGCGCGAGCUGAUGCUGCAGUAUCUCAGCUUCGACCUCGAAAGCUCUACAGGCAAUGAACACUGUAGCAGUUCUGAACAAGAAAGUGGGUUAGCUGCAUUGUACAGGACUGAGAAGAAUCUACGGGAUGCACUGAAGCCGACGUAUGCUGCUUUUUUUGAACGACUGAAUGCUCACCCGGGCGGAUUGAAGUUGUUGGUUGUUCUUCGUGCUGAUCUCCUCUCUUUGCUAGCCAAAGAAAAUACACCAUCCAUUCGAUCAUUAGAGUCAUAUCUAAAGGAAAAGCUUAUAACCUGGCUUAGUCCUGCAGCGCUGGAGCUUCACCAGAUAACAUGGGAUGACUCUGCAUCCUUGCUCGAGAAAAUUGUAGCAUAUGAGGCUGUUCAUCCAAUCAGAAGUCUCCUAGAUUUGAAGAGACGAUUGAGUGUAGGUCGUCGUUGCUUUGGAUAUUUACAUCCAGCCAUACCAGGUGAGCCACUCAUUUUUAUUGAGGUUGCACUUUUGAAGGAGAUGGCCAAAUCCAUACAGGAGGUCCUAUGGGAUGAUCCUCCCAUUCCAGAAAGUGCAGCAUCUUGUGCAUUAUUUUAUUCUAUUUCAUCAACUCAGGCGGGUUUAUCAGGAAUCAAUCUUGGGAAGUUUCUUAUCAAACGUGUGGUUGAGCUGUUACGAAGAGAAAUGCCAGAUAUCACGGUCUUUGCAACUCUUAGUCCUAUUCCUGGAUUUAUGCAAUGGCUUCUCUCUAAGUUGGCUUCCCAACUGAAGCUUGCAAAACUGGAGUCAGAUUCUGCUGGAGACUUGUCAAAGAAGGAAUCUUGUUCUACCUUUAAAGAGAACAUCCUUCUUCAAGAAGAAGAAAAAGCGAUACUCGAUGCUACAAAGGCUGGUGGAGAAAGUGCCACAGAGGUUCUGCAUGAUUUGCUAAUUUCAACCAACAGAGAGUGGACCAAGUCUAAUCAAUUAUUGACUGCACUUCAGCCACUUCUUAUGCGCUUAUGUGCUAGGUACGUACUUAAAGAAAAGAAACGCGGGAAAGCUCUUGACGCAGUUGCAAAUUUCCAUCUACAAAACGGAGCUAUGGUUGAGAGAUUGAACUGGAUGGGAGAUAAUUCGGAAAAAGGCAUCCAGCAGAGUGGAGGUAUCAUGGUAAAUUAUGUUUACCGGUUAGAUGAGAUCGAAGAAAAUGCUCAAUCAUAUUUCAGCACGGGUCAUAUCAACGCUUCAAGCAAAAUUCAUCAGUAUUUAAGGUGACAUGUUAAGAAAGUGACAAUAUUGCUGAACGAGAUUGUUCUUUUAGAAUAAUAGGGCAUAUCUCAUGGUCUGAAGAGUACAUAGUUCUUAUUUCCGAGCAUUCAGGAACUCAAAAUCUUUUAGGAACAGAGAUCCCACUAUUCGUUACUAAUAACGCCCAUCAAUUAGGAAAUUCGGCAUAAAAGGCAGUGGCGCAUGUUUGUUGUU